AUGCAAUCAACACAGACAAAUUAUCAACAGUCAGUGUCACCUUUUGCUGGGCAGCCUCUGCCUCAACAGCAGCAUCAGCAGGCCCAGACAGCUCGUGAUGUCAACACAGCUUCGUUGUGCCGCAUUGGCCAGGAGACGGUCCAAGACAUUGUCCUAAGGACCAUGGAGAUCUUCCAGCUCCUAAGGAACAUGCAGCUGCCUAAUGGAGUCACUUACCACCCCAACACUCACCAGGAUAGACUGGGAAAACUCCAGGAGCAUCUUCGCAUGCUUUCCGUGCUGUUUCGCAAACUGCGCCUCGUCUACGACAAAUGUUCGGAAAACUGCGCCGGGUUGGACCCCAUACUUCCAGAGCAACUGAUACCCUUUAUGGAAGAUGACGGCACCAAACAUGACGACCACUCAGCCAGCCAGAACCGCCCUACCGCCGAGGACAGGAGAGAAAUUCAGGAGGUCAACAAGCGGCUGAAGCAGAAAAAUCAGCAGCUGAAGCAGAUCAUGGAUCAACUGCGCAACCUCAUCUGGGAAAUCAACUCCAUGUUAGCCGUCAGAAGCUGA